ACGCGAGGCACCUGAGCCUAAUGGCACUGCCUGCCCGGUCGCUCCUCCUCCCUUUAUAAGCUGCUGCUCGCCGGCGGCUGUUCAUUGAUGCCCUCUGCUCAUGGAGAGAGCGACUUAGCCAGCGCGGGCCAAUGGCCCAGGAAGCAUCCGCUCCGAUACCGAGCCUUGACUUUGGCCUUGGCCCUGACGUGGAUCCCGGCCCCUGCCCCGGUGCAAGUUAUGAGAAAACCGAGGUCAGGCCUGCUGUCUAAUGGCUACGACAGAGCGCCAGGGAGCACCUGUGCCUCUGAGAAGGAAUACUGGCAUGAGGACCGCUGCUGCUUGUACUGCCCGUCAGGCACCCGGGUCUUCAAGCACUGUACCAUCCCCCACACCCUCGGAAUCUGUCGGAGAUGCCCCCACGGUGAAUAUUCCCUUAGCAAUGGACUGGACACCUGCAGGCAGUGUACCCGGUGCAGAGCAGACCAAGUGAUGGUGGGUCCCUGUAUUGGGGGUAUCGACACCAACUGCCAGUGUAAAGAGGGGUAUUACUGUGAAGCCCCAGACUGUGAGAUGUGCCAGCGCUGCACAGAGAGGUGCCCGGAAGGAACACAGAUUCUUCGAGGAUGUAACGCUACAGCUGACACACUGUGUGGGGCACCUGGCUCAGGCUUCACCUCCAGAGAAGACUUGCCCACUGUCCAAGGAGGCACCCCCGACUGGAUUGGGGUGCUGGUGCUUUUGGUUUUCCUUGUCAUCUGUGUGGUUUUCUGGAUUUACAAACACUGUAGGAAUCAGCAACGCUCCCUUGGCGUGGAUGACAGAAGGGCCCUGGAUGAGAGCUCGUCGAGUGUCCUCAUUGAAGAAUCCAAUGGCAGAGCCUCCACAGCCCCAGAGACAAGGAACCCAAGCCUCGAAACGCAAUCCGACAAGUUCUAUGCUCUGAAGGAUGUUACUGAGGCAGGAAAAAGCAGAAGCUUUUACAUUUUCCAGCGUCAUCUUCAUCUACGCUGGAAUGAAUUUGUGCGGAACCUGGGACUAGAAGAAAAUGAGAUUGCCACAGCUGUGGAAAAAUAUCCACAUGACCCAACAGAACAAAAAUUCCAGAUGUUGCUUACGUGGUGGAACAAAUCGGGAAGGGCAGCAUCUGUUUUUCAGUUAUUGGCCACUGCCCACAAAAUGCCAAUGAUCACUCUGCAGGCGGAAAACAUACUAAAUGAUUUAAUUAAGGAAGGUAUUUUAUGUAAGCAAGAAGAGACUUAAGAUAAACCUUUUUUCCCAUUUUUUUUUUUUGGAAAGUGAGAAACUCUAACUUCAGUCUGUACUCAGAGCACAUCAGUUCUCUCUCUGGAGGUAGGCAGCAUUUUUCAUCAUGGGUCCUUUGGAACAGUGAAGAGCAGUUUUUACUUGGUACAUUGGACAUGACCACACUUGCUCCUAGAUACAUGUUGAAAAAAAUAUAAAAGGCAAAAAGAUGACAUUUAUAGCAGCUCUUUUUGCAGUAGCAAAGAAUUGGAAACUGAG